CCUGCAGUGGUGGUGGUAGUAGACGUAUCGCCGCUCCACCCAAAUCAAUCUCAUCUCCACUGGCACUGUAAUGUAGCGUCCCAUUCCACUGCAUCCGACCCCAUUUGCAUAUGACUCUGACUCUUUUUUCCUCUACCAGAAUUUCUCUGCAUUCGUUGCAACAACAAUCAUACCACGCUGCACCCCAAACCUGUGCCUAUCUGGGUGCUGAAUGCCUCAGUUAGAAGGAUCCCGGCAGCCGUCGCCGUCGGAGAAUCCUGGUCCUGCCUUGAAUGCGGCCUUGUUCAGCCGUCGCGUCAGCGAACAAUAUUCUGAUCUCGCUCGCACCGCCAUCAUGACGAACGCCUCCUCCUCUCCGAACCCUGAAGCCCAACAGUCGAUGAACAAUGUCGCAACCUCAAAUCAGCCAGGACUCAUGCCGCCUCCCAAGACCCCCUUUGGCAGGGCUUCCUCCAAUCUUGGCCCCAGCAAAGCGCAGCCGCAACCGCAACCGCAGCCUGCGAACAAUACCGCCAUGGGAAUUGCCCUGACCGACACUCCUGCGCCCAGCGCGCCCGGCAGUCCUCAAAUACAUGCCCGUGGAAGCGCCAAUGCUUCUGGCACCGCAACUCCCAAGAUCCGCGCCACCACCCUCGACAUUCCCGGUCUUACGCGCUCCAAAGUCUCCCCCGACGGUCGCAUCUCGGAAAGAGAUGUUGGUGCCAAACUCAUCAUCAUCAUGGUGGGCUUGCCGGCGCGAGGAAAGAGUUACAUCACCAAGAAGGUGGCCCGCUAUUUGAAUUGGUUGCAGCAUCCUACCCGAAUCUUCAAUGUGGGCGACCGUCGCCGAGUGGCUGCCGGUGUAGGUCCAAAUCUCCCAGACAGAACAGACGCUGCUCUCCGAGAGUCCAUCCGCCGCAUGAGCUCCAACACCACCACCGAACAUUCUCACGUCGCUGAUCAAGGCGACUUCUUGCCUCCGCCUGCCAUCAAGACCGAAAUCCGCGUCAAUGGCGAAGUCACCUCUCCAACGCCCCUCAGUCCGCCACCCACGAAUGCCUCGACCGAGUCUGGGAAGAACGGUGAUCCUAUCCUGCUGCCAGCGCCGGAACCAAUCGACCAAUCUGCCCGGUUCUUCGACCCUGAAAACACCCGUGCGAAACAGCUCCGGGAGCAGGUGGCUCAUCAGGCAUUGGACGAACUCCUGAAGUACGUCUUGGAAGAUGGCGGCUCCGUUGGCAUCUUGGACGCGACGAAUCACACUCAAGAGCGACGCAUGUCUCUUAUUCAACACAUCCGGCAACGCGACGAGAACAUCAACGUCUUGUUUCUGGAGUCACGCUGUCAGGAUCAAAACCUUCUGGAAGCCAACAUGCGCCUCAAACUGUCUGGUCCUGACUACCGCGGCAAGGACCCGGUUGUGGCUCUGCAAGAUUUCCAAGAGCGGGUACGGCAGUACGAAAAGUCGUACCAGAAACUAGACGAAUUCGAAGAAGAACACGACAUGCCAUACUGUUCCAUGGUUGAUGUAGGACGGAAGAUGGUCAGUUUCCAGGUCAAGGGAUUUCUCUCCAUUCAAACCGUCACAUACUUGAUGAAUUUCAACCUGGCCCCGCGUCAAAUCUGGAUCACCCGUCACGGCGAGUCCAUGGACAACGUCAACGGCAAGAUUGGCGGCGACAGUUCCUUGAGUCCUAACGGCGUCCGAUAUGCCCGGGCGCUGAGCAAGUUCAUGGAAGAGCAGUGGAAGGCUUGGGAGGCGAACCAUGCUGAGAAGAAGGCCAACACGCAUUUCCCGCCACGUCCCGGUGAUACCACCCCGCCCAACCCAGCCUACACGGCGCAAACACUACACGAACGAAAUUUCUGCGUUUGGACGAGCAUGCUGAAACGCAGUAUCGAGACCAGUCAGUUUUUCGAUGAGGAUGAAUUCGACAUCAAACAGAUGCGCAUGUUGGACGAACUGAACGCCGGAGUCAUGGAGGGAAUGACCUACAAGGAGAUCCGGGAGAAGUUCCACCACGAAUACGAGCUCCGCAAGCGAGAUAAGCUGCACUACCGCUACCCAGGCCCCGGCGGUGAAGGGUAUCUCGACAUCAUCAACCGCCUGGGCAAAGUCAUCUUGGAAAUCGAGCGCAUGACGGACCAUGUUUUGAUCAUCGGGCACCGCAGCAUCUGUCGGGUGCUGCUUGCAUACUUUAUGGGCCUCGCCCAGGAAGACAUCAGCGACUUGGAUGUGCCAUUGGGGGUGGUCUAUUCGCUCGAACCUCGACCGUACGGGGUUGAUUUCAAGGCGUAUCGAUGGGAUCCAGUCAAGGAUGAGUUUCGAUACGAACCUGAUUAUCAGAUGAGGCGAGCCACCGACCCACAAGCCGCCUGAUGGCAUAUCUCCUCCACCAACACAUGAUACCCUUGCAUUCUCUGGUGUUGAAGGCUUUGCCCUCGGGCGGGCUUGUGUAUAUUAACUUUAUGGACAUAAUGCUUCACGUCCAGCUUGUUUUCAAAUCGAUCAUGUCUUCAUAUUGGCGUUCUUGGCAACUGGACUAAUACCCUUGGAUUUGGCAGACAAGAUAGUUGCUGGCAUCAACGUCCCGAUGGCGUGUUCCGCAUCAACUCGUGGGUGGAUUGGUGACUAUUAUGCUGUGGUUGGAAAGAUUUCUCGGCAGCAUUGCGGCGAAUGCUAAUGGACAAUGAGCGUGGCGUCAUGGGUUGUCUUCUAUGUACACGACGGCACGGGUGACCACCGUGCUGGAUGGAUAGACAUGGAAGAUUGGAUUUUAUUUUGCGGGAAGACGGUCAUGGCAGCGUUGUAUGGAGUACGGACAGAUCGGCUUACGACUGAAGACUUUUCCGCGGGAGGGAACUUCUUUUGGCCUUGAUAACCGACAAGACAACAUGGUGUUGUGUCAAUGAUGCAGCUCGACGAAGGGGAAGUGGUCGGUAUUGGCCAAACCCCGUGAUGUACAAUAAUUCACAGUGCUAUUGUCACUCUAAUGAUACCAUCUGUCCACUGCAGUUUACUAGGUAGUAAAUGUGUGCUUGAUAUCAGCCUCG